AUGCAAUUCACUCUCCUCGUCGCUAUCUUCCUCGGCUUGACUAUUGCCGCCCCUGUCCCACAACUCUUCCCCUUCCCAACCAACCAACAAGGUGACGACGACGACGUGACUUCGUCCGACCGAAACCCUUUCGCCGGUCUUCUCAAUGGCGGACAACAGUCCGACUCUGAUGGCGAAGCCAACGCUGUGAGCACCAGCGAAUGCGGCCUUUUCGCCUGUACCUCCGGCUCCGCGGCCUCUGCCGUGAGCGACAACUCCACCGCGGCGUCGUCUAGCUCGAGUUCUACGGAUUACACCAUCAGCAUCUUGAAGAUUAAGAGUGCUUAA